AUGACCAAGUUUUGCAUCGGUAAACCUCUGGCUCCCUUUUGGAAGAUUAUGUCACUUAUGCCCAUACCUCCCACCAAAACUCGAAGCAUAUUCUUUAGUAACGGAAGCGACAAGGGCUCACAAACUAGACAUUCUGAGCGGGAAGCUCGAACCCAUGUUUCUGCACUAGAUCACUUCCGGUUCAAGCUAACCGCAUUUCCGAUUGCGGAUAUGCCUUUGAGCUUUGCACAUCUAAAUGGAGAAACGAAUUGCUUUGCAGCUUCCAAGUUACAAUCAUUAGGAGACGCCAGUUUGCUUAUUCUGCUAUUGCUUAAUACUUCAACUCGGGAUAUUUCAUUUAUAGAGCUUGAUAACAACCCAUCGACAUCUGUGUACUUCAGACUAGCUGCACCAAAGAAGACCUCAGAUAAAAGCCAUGGAACCAACGAGAAAGCACAACUUGGACAGAUAGUUACGACCAUAAUCAGUGUAUGCAAGGACUGCGGGUACUCAAGUGAGAAGUUGGAUGACUUCAAUAGAAGGCUUCAAAAAGUUGAUCUAGAGGGUAUGCGCGAACUCAACAGAGAAGCGGUUGAGCAUUACGCUGACGUACUAAAGGUGCAUUCGGUAGCGAAAGAAAAGGAACUCGGAAAAGACGACGAGAUGGUUCGUAAAUUGAAACAGAAUUCUAAGAUAGUGAAUGGAUGGAGAGGCAAGAACAUAUAUCCUGAACACAAAGGAUCGGACAAAGCAGAUGAGGAUGAUCUUCUGGAUUAA